AUGGCUCAUGCUUCUGCAUGCGUCUCUGCUCCUGCUUCCCGUUCUCUCGACCGCCUUUGGUUGAAUAUCAUUUCUGAACCUGGACCGUCAGCUCCUCACAUACUAGUAUCCCUAAUGGAAACUCCGGAGGAGAUCAUCCCUUUUGAUAAAGACUACACUGAGCCAGCUGCGGUGGAAUGGAAUCUCUGCCUUGUUGGCUAUUCGGUGGGUAAGCAUCCUUACUAUGAAGCUUUGAAAGAAACUGCCAUGAGUAUAUGGAAGCUCAAAGGUACAUUUCAACUUAUAGCUCUUACGGAUGGGUUUUUUCUGUUCAAGUUCUCUUUAUUGGAAGAUUAUGACAUGGUGUGGUCUAAGGGGGCUUGGUUCUUCCAUGGAAAACCAUUCAUUUUUCAGAAAUGGACAAAAAAUUUCAGUCCCACCAGAGAAAACUUUACAUCUGUACCCAUUUGGGUUUGGAUUCACAAUCUCCUUCUAAUCUGUAGGAACUCUGAGGGAAUCUCAAAAAUUGCUUCCAAAAUCGGAAUCCCUAUAGCGGUAGAUGCCUUAACUGCCGCAAAAACCAUACUAACCUAUGCUAGAGUAUAUAUACAAGUUUCCACUACCUCUUCUUUUCCUGAGAGUGUAGCUGUAGCGAUUGAAGGGGAUGUUAUCAGAAUGCAAAUUCAGUAUGAGCGGAAGCCCAUUCCCUGUGCGUCUUGUGCAUCUUUAGCUCUUCAAACCUUGAACUGCCCCUCCUCUCAGCCUUCUAAUCAGAAUCCUCCCAAUCAAAACAGAGGUCGUAGCUCCUCAAGGAAUCCCAGGAAUCAUAAUCAACUCAGAAAAUUCUCGGCAAGCAAUAAUAGGGUGAACGUGGCAGGGUCUACUUCUGUUACACCCAAACUUAUUCCCAAUGUUGUUACUUCCCCUGCUUCCACUCUGGCCUUAGUUCCAUCUCAGGUUAUUUGGGUCCCAAAAGAUAGUGGCAAAAAUGUUGUGGUGGCUGAUCAUGCUGAACCAUCUACUGAAAAGUAUUUUGCUAUUCCUAAGAAUCACAAUACUGAGGUGUUGAAAGAAACUACUUGUGAUCCCACCGAAAUUGACAAUAUUCCCAUUCCAAAUCUCAACUCUCCCACUAUAGCUGAUAUUGGAGAAACUGAAUUACCUCAUUCCAGUACUCCUAUUUCCCCCUAG